GAAGAAUCAGUAGGAGGAAGAGAGGAGACAGAGUGACACGGGAACGGAUCAACGUCACCUGACACAGAGCCAACACGUGUCAUACAGGCAUCGCUGCCCUCAGUAGAGUCAUCGCUAUGGCCACCGCCUCCAUGGCAACGGGGGGUACAUAUCGCUGAAGCAGCAUGGUCCAACCUCAUUAAAGAUGAAGACUAAAUACUUCGCAGCAGGACAGAUGCUGAGCUGCUGGCACGGUAGAUUAUGGAAAGAGGAAGAGUGGGCAGCACGUGCUGCCACCUCCUGUACCAACACAACAACAUCCGUUACUACACAUCAUAAGCCUGAUAUGUUUAACCCGAUGACGCCCUUCCUCCUGGCUUACAAGAAACUCCUGAACACAUAUAGACUAUCGGUACAUCUUGGUACAUCUUGAUGCACAAGGCCGUUUUCAGCCAGCAGAUGUCACUCCAGAGCGACACACUACCGGUUUACUACCGAGGAGAAAACUAAUGCAGGAAGAAACUAAAUCCUGCACGUCACCAUGUGAAGCUGCAGGUACAGAAGACGAAGCUUUGGGGUCAUUACUGGACAUAGGUGGGUGCUGGUGGGUGCUGGUGGGUGCUGGUGGUCCGCCAGUGUUCACUCUUUUGUGUAUGAGCGACUGCGACACGGCCGCUGUGCGGAACAAUAAUCCCGCCACAAAUAGUCACCGUGUGCCGCUGGACUGCUGCGGAGGACUCAACAACGUGGACUACUCCAAGAUGGACUUGACGCUGAUGGAAGAACUACGAAAACACGUCGACUUUGGCGACUCCAGCUUUUGCAUCGCUGUGAUCGCCAUCGUUUUCAACCCUCUCUUCUGGAAUGUGGUGGCGAGAUGGGAACAUCGUACGCGGACGAUCUCCAGGUGGUUUGGCGGCCCUCACCCGGCGUGUUACUGCCUGGGCUUCGUCAUCGUUUUGCUCAACGUGUACCGCAGCCACAGUGUGACAGCGGCAAUGAAGGCGCAAGCCAGGUGGGACGUGAUGGACGGGACGGGCGUCUUCUACACUGGGGUAGCUCUCAUGGUGCUGGGAACCCUACUGGUGGUCAGCAGCUUCCUGGCUCUGGGAUUCACUGGAACCUUCCUAGGUGAUUACUUUGGCAUCCUGAUGGAUGAGAAGGUGUCGGGUUUUCCCUUCAACAUCACAGAGAACCCGAUGUACUGGGGCAGCACUGCCAACUACCUCGGCCUGGCACUCAUUGGUGCCUCUCCUGUUGGACUUGUCCUGACUGCCAUAGUGGCUGUGGCUUACAAGGUGGCGUUAAGAUUUGAGGGACCAUUCACUGAACAGAUCUAUCAGGAGAGGAGUCAGCGCAGCAAAUAGUGGCUUCACAGACACUUCCUGUUCCUUGUGUGGCCGAGGAUUCCCAUCCUGUCAUGCGAACAGACAGAUGGACUGAUCGACGGACAGAUUUUUCAAACGUCGUGAUCACUAAUCCACCUCCAGCGUGGAUACAAAGGAAACGCUUACACUGCAGCUCCAAGUGUUCCUCCUCUAAUUAAGUUCAAACUCUUCUACUGAAUGUUGAGGCUUUUUAAAGUAUUUCUGAUAAAGUAUGUCACAUGUGGAUAAUGUAUUAGGCUAAUGUAUAUGUAUUAGUUUGAUAUUUUAGACAUGACAAUAUUGAUAUCACUCUUAUAUCUGAAAGGGGAAGCUGACCAAUUUUAGGCACCAAAGUCUGUUCUACUGUACUAUGUGAAAUAUGUUGCCUUUUGUGUCUGCAGACAGCUGUUUGAAACUCCUUUCCUGGUGUAUUACUAUGUGAACACAAACAGUAUUUUGACCUACAGGCACUGUUAUCUUUGGCAUGUAGUGGUGUAAAUGGCUCCUUUUCAAGGUAUCGGCAAGAAGUUAGCAAAGACUGAAAGCACAGAGAAGCAGCUAAUAUUUUGUUUUUCACAAAUUCAUCACUGCCACAAGUUCUCAAUUGAUUACGAACGCUACAACUCAUAUAUAUUCAUCACAGGUCCUCCUACCUAAACAACCAUAUGGGUCCUGACACAACCCUGAAGUAGUGCCCCUACAGGCAGCAUGCCUACCUGACCUCGGUUGUCAUGGUUACCAUAAUAAAUACACGACUGUAACAGGACCGUAAUGGUCCUGGCUUGGUUAGGUUUAGGGUAAGAUCGUGAUUUGGGUUAAAAUAUGUACUUCCUCAACAUUAGACGAUCUUUGUUGUCGUGGUUACAAUAAUAAAAUGUGGUUAACUUUGGAAAACGCUCAUGGAUAACAGAAACAACAUAAACUGCUGGUUUCACAUGGGAGUCGAACACCGCUCUCCUGUGUCGUGUUCCUGUGUUUUGUUGACCCGUCCUCCUCCUGACGUCGCCACACUUUCCUCUUUGCUCUUGUCAUAAUUACUACGACCACUAGAUGUCGCCUAGCAACAAAACGUAACUAUGGGUCAUUGUAACCUGCUGCACAAACGACCUAUGUGCUGUUUUUUUUGGGUUUUUUUUACAGGACGACAGUGUCAUUCUGUAUAGUGACAUCGUCCUGGAUUAACUGGUGUAACAAUUUCAUAGUGUCCUUCAAAGCAAAACAACAACAAUAAAAAAAGAAUUGAGGAUGAUGAAGGCCUCUGCUGUAGCAGCUCCAUUCAGAGUAAAAUAAUAAUUCUGUUUUCAUCCUACGAAACCAACCUUCAACACUAAUCGCCUUCAACACUGCCGUUGCUGUUGUAACCACAGAUUUCUUGUAAUACACUAUUACUCAUUGUUAGACACUGUUUUUACUGUUAUACUGUCUAUGACAUGAAUCCAUUUAAAUGACAGAAAAGUUAUACCAGCUCUGGUUUUAUACUGUACCUAUGCAAACCAUUCCAAACUGAAUAACACACACUGUUUGGUAAUGUACUGUACAUUGAUGUGUUAUUUUUUUUUAUGUAAUAAAAGAAUGAGCCACGGGGUAAA